AGCAAGCCGGAUAUGUGGUGAUGAUAUGAUACCCUGUUUAUCGUAUUUUACUUCAGACAAAAAGUUAUUGAAAGUACCGAUUCGAUUGGAAGCAGCUGUCUGUAAUCCCAAAAACCCUCUUUCGAAGGAGCAAACAGAAAAACUAGCUAUUAUGAGUGCUUACAGUCAGUUAAAUGAUUCCUACCGAAGACUUGCUGGUCAUCAGGCUAAAGAUUUCUUUAAAAGAUGUACCUUCCGAGGAUACGACUGUUCGUAUAGCAAUUUCUCACAAUUUACCAACUUUAUGUAUGGAAACUGCUACUCCUUCAAUGUUCUGCCUUUGUUAGAGGAUGGGGAAGACCUGCUAAUCGCAUAUUCUACAGGACGAUUGAGUGGCUUGCGAUUGGAAAUGGACGUUGAGUUAGAAGAUUAUGUAGGCGAUUCCGUGAUGCCAAUUGGUGUCCGACUGGUCAUCCAUGAUCCCCAUGUGUUGCCUGACCCCACAUAUUACGGAAUGGACAUUCCACCCUUCAAGGAAACAACAGUAACAGUUAAACAGGUUUCAAGAAAAAGGCUGCAGGCUCCUUACCAAGAUAAGUGUAAAGAAAAUGUUAUGAGUACAGGAGAGAUAGGAUAUACACAAGAAAUGUGCAUGACGAAGUGUGCUCAAGAAGAAAACAUGAGGCAAUGCAAUUGUGUUGACCCAACACUGGAUCCUUUUAUAAAAGAUGAUGCUAUUUUGUGCGACUUAAUGAAUAGAACUCAUGUUUGUUGUUUGGACGAUGUGCAUAAUAACCUAAGAACCAAGGCUGACUUGUGUGAUUGUCCACUACCAUGCGAGACAACAACUUACGAUCUGAUGGUAUCGUCAACCAUCUUGGCUACACGUAACACCAGCAAAGAUAACCUCUAUCCUUACCAAGGAAGUCUACUCAGGUUGGAGAUUUACUUCGAAACUCUUUAUCAACUUGUAUAUCAACAGGUUCCAAAAUAUGAGAUCGCAGAAUUAUACAGCCAACUGGGCGGACAACUCAGUCUCUGGCUGGGUAUAUCUCUUGUAUCAUUCUUCGAAUCAGUCGAACUACUCGUGAUGGUUUUUCAGUUUUACUGGCAACGUUGCAUAAUCAGUAACUCAAAUUAAUAGUCCUCAGUACAAGUGUCUAGCUUACA